GGCGGAGCUCUGCCGCUCGGCCCGAGAUAUCUAGAACCCAUGGCAGGAAGAUAGGAGAGUGUGGGGUUCCUGUGUUUUAGGUAUCUGCUCCUCUGUUUACUCAAGGUGGCUGGAAGGCUGUGUAUGCAGGCAUUCUGUAAUGUUAAUAAUCCGUGCAAUGGAGAAAAAGUGAUUUUUGGAUUGAAAACAAUGGGUAGAAAAGAUGCCUCUACAUCAAGGACUCCUGUUGACCAGUACAGGAAACAAAUAGGGAAACAAGAUUAUAAGAAAACCAGACCUAUGUUAAGAGCUACAAGAUUAAAAGCAGAGGCCAAGAAAACUGCACUAGGCGUAAAGGAAGUUGCUCUUGUCCUUGCAGCUAUACUGGUAUUUUUGUUGGCUUUCUAUGCUUUUUUUUAUCUUAAUGUUUCCAAUGAAGUUGACCUUGAUCUGGAUCCAGAUGAAAACUAGCAGAUGUAAUGAAUCUAUCAUCAAGAUUUCUUCAGCUUCAACAAGACUACAUAGGAACAUACAGUCCCUUCACUGUAAGACAGUAAACGAUGCCAUUUCUUCCAGUCCAAAUUCAUAAGAAAGUUUUGCAAUACGUCAGUCACAUUCCAGGUCUCCAAAAUAAGAACACUUAUGCCUGACCAAGUGUGUUUGUUUAACACCAAAGCCAGGAGGAACAGUACAAUACAUGAAGUUUAUUGUUUACGUUAUUUUUUCUCAGGCAGGGAACUUUGAUGUCAAAAGACAGGUGCUACUAUUAUCGUGGGUAUUGAUGCUGACUUCACAGGAGGAGCGUCUGCCUUGACCAAAUUUAGGAAUCAGAGCUUCCUAAUAACCAAAUUACUUUCCUGUUCCUUUCUAUAAAGAAAGCAGAAAUACCAAAUAAAACAUCUUCUUCAUUUGUGUUUAAAAUAUAUCAAAACCUCCUCAUCCUUUCUCUCCCUUUUAAUCUUUCCUGUGCAUGUGUGCACAUGCAUGAAGAUGGAAGAAAUUGUAGGAAAAAAUAACUUCUUACAAGCAGUCUGUCACCUUCUAUAUGGACUUAAUUUUCUGUCAUUCCAGAUUCUGUGUGCCCAUAUAUCUGCAGUAAUCUUUUUCAUUCUUUUGCCAACUGUUCAGCACACAUGUGUUCUGUUAGAAAUGGCACCUGGAUGACAGAAGCUCUAACAUUCACAUAUGCUUCUGAAACACAGUUCUUUGCCUCCUGUGCUGUCUGAACUAGUGUAAAUAGGAAGUUUAGUCAAUGUUGGUUUUAAUUAGUGUAUUGGUCUACUAUUAAUAUAAAGUCAAAAUAGUAUUUUAAUUAUGCUCUUCCUGAUGGUUUUGGUAUCAACUUGCUCUACCUGUUAGGGGCAUGUUGUAUAAAAACAUUCCUUUUGAGCUAUACAGUAAUUUUAAUCAUCACACUAAUGUGAGAGGCUGUAAGUAAUAAGAAAACACUUUUCUUUUUCCUGGCAUACUAAUAACUUGUAAAUCUUGGCUCCAUUACAUCCUUCAGCUCUUACAAAGUGCCCUUCAAAUUAGGCACUGUAGAUAGCAUUUUUGUUCUUUUUGAUAACCAAAAGCCACUUGAAGAAUUUGGUGUGUCAGAGCAGCUGCAGGGAGCUUUUAAAUUCUGUCUUUAUCCUGUUCUGCUUUGAGUUUGGCAUAGAACUGAGCUUGUGGAUGUAAAGACUCAGUUUUGAUCCUCUAAAAAAAGUGGUCAGUCUUUCUCUGACUGAGAUUCAGUUCUGAGUCAGUUUGAUAUCAAGAACGCAUAGAGCCAUUGGUGCUGAAUGUGGCAAGGAAAUUUAGGCAGACUGACUUUCAGAAAAGUUUUUGUAAUUCUGAAGUUAGUGAACUAGCUUAGUUUUGCGUUUGACAUAAAUUUCAGAGUUGAAUGUUAGGUUUAAUUGCAACUGAGGUAUUUACUGUCUUAUUCUGAGAUGCCUGACUAAGAUUUCUUAUAGUGAUUUUGAAGACAAAGGGAUACAAAUCACAGCAAGUAUUAUAAUGGGAAAUAUAUUUCUUUUAAAUUGACACAGUCCCAUUAUCACCACUUAAGAAACUUGGAUCAAUACAGUUAAUUUUUAAAACAUACAGUAACUAUGACCAUAUACAUUAUGAGUCUCUAGGGAUCCACUUCAUAUGUGUCAUAAUCUUCAUUCACUUCAUGCCAUGCGAAACAGCUCCUCUAGAAAUUCAGAGUACAACAGUCUUCCAAAAAAUAUAUGAAAUAGAAACUUAUAUAUGCAAAUAUAUCUCCUUUUCUAAUUAUGACUGUUACAGACAAAAUCUUAACAUUUAUGCAUGCAUAUGACUUACAGUCCGGUACUAGUCAUACACAUGGGCAAACACCUUGCAGCAUGUUGAGUUUAUGGUGAAGCAUUAUCUGACACAUGGCCCAACUUCCAGUGGAAGGAAAGGCAUAUCACAAGCUGUCUCCUUGGAUGUGAUAUGCCUUUUACCUCACCAGCACCCAACCACAUGUCACAGAAGCUGCAGACCUCUCCUGUUACUUUACAUUAGCAGUUUUCAUGUUCUAUAACAUGCUGGAAGGAUUGCUUCAUUAAUGUCAGCAUACAGCCCUCUGGGUCCUGUAUGGUCUGAGAAAGAUGGGUAGUUACUCCCUUCAUGCAGGUCAUCUCGUAACCUGCUCUCUCAAUUGGUUGCAUUAAAAAACAAGCAAUUCUUGCUGUCAAGUUUGUGAACAUGAAGUUCCUAGAACAGGAAUAUUCCAUUUCCCAUAACUGUGAAUCAGAGAAAAUCUGAAGUGCAUAUACAUGUGAUUCUGUCAGCUUCCCUGAUGUGUGGCUUAUGAGUCCAUAUUGCCCACAGUUUGCAGUUUGUCUAUUGGCUUUGUUUGGAUUAGGUCUUUUCAUUUGCAUGAAAAAUCAUAGAAUAAUGAAAUCAUUGAAUGGUUUGGGUUAGAAGGGAUGCAAAAGAUCAUCUAAUUCCAAAACCUCUCUGCCAUGGGCAGAAACACCUUCUACUAGAGCACAUUACACAAAACCCUGUCCUGGGCUCAAACACGUACAAGGAUGGGGCAUCCACAACUCCUCUGGGCAACCUGUUCCAGUGCCUCACCACCCUCAGAAUAAAGAAUGUUUUCUUGAUGUCUAAUCUAAACUUACUCCCCUUUAGUAUGAAUCAACUCCCUCUUGUGCUGUCACUACAUGCUCUUGUAAAAAGUCCAUCUUUUUUGUAGGCUCCCUUCAGGUACUAGAAGUAUAGUCUCAUAUAACAGGAAAAUUUGUUUUUGCUUAGACCGGGUAGACUUCUGUUUAGUGUAUGUAGAAAUACAUGGUAAAUAUUGCAGCAAAUACACUUCUUCUCUUAUCAGUACAAUAAUUCCUAAUGGGACAUGUGGCUUAUUUUGCCCUUAAUUAUAUCUGAGAUUGAAAUAUGCCUUUUGGAUUUUGGACUGUCUAUCUUUGUAUGAGUUCCCCAGUGUCUAUUUUAUUAAUAAAUGUGGGUUUUUUUCUAUUUUGGUUCUCUUAUUAAUGUUGAAUACACUGAAUUAUGUAUACAUUUGAAAGGACAAUAAAGCAAUCUAAACAGCACAAUGUUCAGAAGUAAGCACUGAUGUCAGUUUUAGAAUAUCUGGAUUACUUUAGGCAGUUCUAGCCACUAAACUCAUACUAAAACUAAAUGUGGCCUAUGCAUACUUAAGAGACAAUGUAGAGAACUUCCUUUGGCAUCCAACCCAAUACUAAUAGAUCAUAUCUCUUUCUGCAGUUGAUCCAUGCAGUUCUAUCACUUCAGUCGUACAAGACUUUUUUUAUUAUAGAAUUAAUAAUUUUAUAUGUUUGUUUCAAAGGAUUGCUGUUCAAAUAAUUUAUAUGGCAAACCUGGCUUAUUGAGUUUUUUCAAAUGUGUUCACCUGAAGGAAAAGGUAGACAUCGGUAGUUGCCCUGUACUCCUGGAAUAAACUGAAUUUCUUUCUAGCAGAGAUUGUGGAGAAGAUGCCUGUACUGAGUCCUUGUGCUGUGGGUGGGAGCAGAUGUCCUGUCUGGAAGAAUCUCUGACUAGGAAGACAUAACAGUCUUCCAGCAAUGAUUUUGCUCAGUAAAUCUUCCUAGGUGGUUUUCUUUUCUCUUUCAUUCUUAAAGCAGAACCAGCAUGUAGACCAUCUCAGGACAGAAGCCUCAGUCUAGUAUUUUUACUAGUGCUUCUAGUGAAUAUUGCCAAGGAAAGGCUCCAUCUAGCUCUACUAGCUAGAGUCCAUAAACAUAUUUUACUGGAAGCUUAGGAGGCAUGUUAAGCAUUUCCCUAAUAGACCCCAGAGAUACAUUUAAACUUUUCUUGAAGGAUGCUGUAAUUAAAGUUCACUGUUGCAUAUCCUAUAGGCAUCAUGUGAUUCAGAAUCAUCUCCUUCCAUGCAUCAGACCAGCUGCAGCAGGUCUGUAGCAGGACAUGCACACUGGGAGAUUAUGCUGCAACACGUAGCUGCAGGUAGCUCCAAUAUGAGCAAACCCAUUUGUUUACUUAGGUGUUCUCUAGAGCAGUUGACCUAAAUGUUUUGUUUGAAAACAUAGGUUUUGAACAACUCUACUAAAGGAAAACAGAAUGGAAGCCCUACAAAACUGUUCAUGCCUCUUCCAUGAAAGUUGCUACCAUGGAAGAGGCUCAUCUGCUGACUUGGGGCCAAGUUUUGAAUGCUGCCAUUUACAGAAGGAAAAUGCUGCUAGGAUCUCCCUGUAGAGUGGUGAUUGAUAAGGGAUUGUCCCUGUAAGGCACAGCUGAGCCAGUUGGUGAAGGUCAAAUGCAUUCAGGAUGAUUCUCUGUAGAGAACUGUACUUGAAAAGCAGAGUAGGCAAGUUAGAGUGCCAACAAAAAUGAUACUACAGAUCUUGAUCACAUUUCAAGUUCUACUUACAGCAGUAUAGUAAUUAGUGGUGCUUAUGACUAAGGAAAUAACAAUAUGGCACAUCAAUAAGACAGCAGAAAUGUGAUGUUGGAACUGCAUCCUAAAAGAUUUUACAGUGGAUUAUGCCUGCACUUUGGGAAGUGAAGCCAUGAGAUGAAUAAAUUGGCAAAGUUUAUCUGUGAUCUUAUGCUUACAAUAUUUUUCCCUGAAAGAGCCAGCAGAGAUACUUUGCAGUACUUUUCCCCAUCAUCCUCUUAGUUUACUGUAAUGCAUUUUUGUAGAUGUAUUUCUUUCUACACAUUUCCAAGAGUGAAAAAAAAAUCUUGCAGUUCAUCAAUUCAUUUAAUUGACAGAAUCCUCUACUCAUCCUUUUAUCCCCCCUUAAUCACAAUCAAAUUAGUGGGGAGACAGCCAAAAUGUUAGGUACCAGUGUCUCUCAAGCAGAUGUCACACCACUAUUUUUUAGCUCGUUUAAAUGAAUAAACAUGUUAAACUGUGAAGUAUUACAUUUUAGAUUUUUUCAUUAAAAAAAUGAGACAAUCUGUUUACUGUCCUUAAUUGAGACAACAAUCCUGGUGGUUGCCAGUUUUGGCAGUUGUAAUGAUGAACUAUAAAUAUUGGGACAGACUAACUGAUGAUUGUGGAGGAUAGUUCAAGUACAAUACUCAUUCUGCAUGAAUACUUUUUUCAGUGCUACAUUUUUUCAAGCUUCCAUGAUUGUUGUACUGGUUUUGCUUGUUAAAAACAAAUAAAUACUUGACUAGUUAAUC